ACUGAGAGUGGUUCUAUUUCGUACGUGAAUAGAGUCACGAUGAAAAUGACGCAAGUUGUGUGGGUAAUCAAUAGUCGACUGCCGUUUUAUCCAGCCAACGAAUCAAAAUCUCUUCGUGGUGAUUUCUCCAACGAUAAAAAUAAUAUUUGGCACUUGGUACAAUAGAAUAAUGCUACCAUUAUGAAUGGGCGUUUGUUUUAAUAAUAGUCGUGGGGACGCCGGCUGAAGACUGGUACGUGAGCGCGAUGGCCGGCCCGGGGUACGUCCUAGGCAUCGACAUCGGCACCACUUCGGUCAAAGUGUGCGUUUUCAACCCCGAAAACAACGAAAUCGUUGCUCAAAUCGGAAAGGAAACUCAAUCUAAUGUCCCCAGUGACCAAGGCAUCGACGGAAACAAACAAGACGUACCGAAAAUCAUUUCCGCCCUUAACACAUGUGUAGCCAAAUUACAGAAAAAUCUGCUACAGCAGAUAACGAAAAUCGGGAUAUGUGGGCAAAUGCACGGAGUCAUGUUCUGGAACCAGGAUAAAUCCUGGGAACGAGUGGAGAAAGACAACAAUUUGGUGCGCUACGACGUUGUCCAAGACCAGGUCUCCGCCCUCUACACUUGGCAGGACAGCCGUUGCGACACUUCCUUCCUGUCCUCCCUCCCCGUCCCCCAAUCCCACUUGAAGGUCUACACCGGCUUCGGCAUAGCCACCAUCUUCUGGAUGUCCAAAAAUAAACCAGAGAAACUAAAACGGUAUAACCGCUGCGGGACGAUCCAGGAUUUCGCCGUUGCUAUGCUUUGUAACCUCUCCAAACCCGUAAUGUCGGAUCAGAAUGCGGCGAGUUGGGGGUACUUCGAUUGCGUGCAUCAUCGCUGGAACGAGGAGAUUUUAAAACAAGCGGGGUUCCCGACACCUCUCCUCCCGGAAAUCAAAACGAGCGGGGAGACAGCGGGACGUUUGGCGGAUAACUGGCACAGUAUUCCCAAGGGGACCCCAAUUGGAAUUGCCCUUGGGGACUUGCAGUGCUCAGUUUUGUCCACCAUCGAGACAAAUAAAGAUGCGGUUUUAAACAUAUCAACUUCGGCACAGAUCGCCUUCGUUGCCGAAGACUACAAACCAACCACAGGGCCCCCGUCGGUAUCAACCGUCGAGUAUAUCCCCUACUUCAAGAACAAGUAUCUGGCUGUUGCCGCCUCCCUAAAUGGGGGCAACUCCUUAGCGACUUUCGUUAAAAUGGUCCAACAAUGGACUAUGACUUUGGGAUUCUCGGUACCACAAUCUAAAGUAUGGGAGAAGGUUAUUAGUUUGGGUUUGGAGGAGAAUAGCGUUUCAGAUUUGAAAAUUUCCCCCACUUGUCUUGGCGAAAGACACGCCCCUAAUGUCACCGCCUCAGUCACAAACAUAAAUAUCGGGAAUCUCGAGUUGGGGAAGGUCUUCCGGGCGUUAUGCAACGGCCUUCUUGUCAAUUUACAUAGUAUGAUGCCUAGGGAUGUCCUCCAAAAUGCUAACAUAACGAGGAUUGUCGGGAAUGGGUCGGGAUUGUCCAGGAAUAAAGUGCUACAAAACGAAGUGUUGAGUCUCUACAGAUUGCCUUUGGUGUUUACUACGGGGGGAGAUGCGGCAAAAGGGGCCGCCAUGGCGAUGAAUUUAGACACCGUUAAUUUUAAGUAACUAGAGUCCAAAUAUUAAAGUGAUAAAAAAUUGUCCAAUAGUGGCCUAUUUUGUUAGAAUGUAACACAAAUAAAGUUGUCUAUACGA